UCUGUCUCCUCUCCAGCCCGGUUGUGAAAACCAUGUCCACGCCGCGCCUGCUCCUCACUUUAUCCCUGUGGCUUCUGGCCGGGAGCCUCAUCCCAGCUGCGGAGGCGACCUAUUACCGGCACCACCGCUACGUGCCACACUUCUACCGCUACCGGGAGCACCCCGGCAACGGCAACGGUAACGGCAACGGCAACGCCAACACGGAGAACCUGCUCCCGGAGGUCUCCAACCGGGUGCCCGCAGCCGCGCCGCAGCCGCGCGCUCCCGCCUACCCGCACGUGCCCGAGGUCUUCCACCCGGCACCUGAGGUCCUCCACCCCUUACCAGAGGCGUUCCACCCGGUGCCAGAGGUGGUGCACCCUGCGCCCGAGCCCUACCACCCACCUGUGGAGGUUUACCGGUCGGUGCCCGAAGCCUCCACCCCCGUGAGCCGGGUUUUCUACGGGGUCAUGUUUGACGCAGGCAGCACAGGCACCAGGAUCCACAUCUAUAAGUUCAUCCAGAAAGACCCUGUUGAGCUGCCGGUUCUGGACAAUGAAAUGUACCACGCGGUGAAACCCGGACUCUCUGCGUAUAAGGAUAACCCUGAAGAGGGUGGCAACACUAUCCGCCAGCUGCUGAAGAUUGCCAAGAAGACGAUCCCGGAGGAAGAGUGGAGCAGGACGCCCGUGGUGCUGAAGGCCACCGCCGGUCUGCGUCUGCUUCCCGAGGAGAAGGCCAGCGCACUUCUGAAGGAGGUACAAGAGGUGUUUGAGGAGUCUCCUUUCUACGUGGCGGACAACAGCGUUUCCAUCAUGAACGGGAUGAAUGAAGGAGUCCUCGCCUGGGUCACGGUGAACUUCCUCACAGGUCACUUGUACUCCAGCACGAGGAGGACAGUGGGGAUCCUGGAUUUGGGUGGGGGAUCCACACAAAUCACGUUCCUUCCCAAGUCAAAGAAAACUAUUGAAUCUGCACCCAACAGUUACAUUGCCAAAUUCAACCUGUACAACAAUACAUACCAGCUCUACACACACAGUUACCUUGGAAACGGACUGUAUGCAGCUCGACUGGCAACUCUUGGAGCACUAGGAGCUGAUGGUCUAGACUGGAAAGUCUUCAGAAGUUCGUGCCUCCCGAAAAAGUUCAGUGAAGAUGUGAGCUUCGGAGGAACCACCUACAAAGUUAGCGGGAUUCCAGACGGCUACGCAGGCUACAAGCUGUGCUACUAUGAGGUGAUGAGGGUCAUUAAAGGCAAAGUGCACCAGCCUUACGAGGUGAAGGGCAGCAGCAUCUUCUACGCCUUCUCGUAUUACUUCGACCGAGCCGUGGAGUCCGGCCUCAUUGAUCCCACUCGAGGAGGCGCGAUUGAAGUUAGGGAUUUCAAGAAGAGAGCCAAAGAAGUGUGCAACAAAAUGACCAAAUACCGUGCGAUCAGCCCCUUCCUUUGCAUGGACAUGACAUACAUCACCUGUCUGCUGAAGGAGGGCUUCGGCUUCAAGGACAACACCGUGCUGCAGCUUGCCAAGAAGGUGAACAACGUAGAGACGAGCUGGGCCCUGGGGGCAACGUUUGACUACUUCAGAAACCUCAACAUCCACUGAGGACGGCUCGCUCUCGCUUGAAGCCGGCACUGAGAGGGACAAGUCUGUCACUGUGGGGCUUUCCUUCCUCCAACCACCCUCCAUAAAAGACACAGCCAGUCCCACUGAUCUUCCUCACCCACUGUGCCCUCCCCCCUCCCUGAACCUCAGCAGCCCGCGAACGCUCCGGGAACUGCUGAGAGAAACAAACACAAAAAAAAAUCACUAUAUUUUUUUAAGGCCAGCUAUUUCUACUGUACGUUCAGCUCAUGACUGGAGGGCUGACUUUAUUUUUAUAAAACGUUUACAUUUUUGAUUCCUUAUGGGUGUCUGAUCGCAGAUGUGUAUGUGCAAGUGUGUGUCGAGUGUAGUUUAGAGACAAUCAGUCGACCGCUGGUCCUGAUGCACACUGUGCAGGACAGUGUAAAGCCCGUAAGAGACGAGUUGCUGGAAGUGCAACCAUUCUAAAUGUUUUUAAAUCUGUCUUUUUUUUUAUUAUUCUUGCAGUAAAUUAUCGUACAGGACACUAACCCACGUGACCCUCCGGCCUUCUUUUGACACGUCAGACUUCAUUGGAGAUCGAGCAGAUGAAAACCGCACAGCUUUUUCAACCUUGCACAUAACACUUUACCUGCAGAUACUGUAGCUGAGACAUGGUCAGAUUCCUUGAUGUCGACUUAAGAUUUGUACAUAUGCAUCGUUAUUAGUGUUGCGUUCAUCACGACUCGGGGGGGGGGACGAAGGGGAGACUGCGUUGCUUUUACAAGCACGAGGAUAAUUCCCGUGUUUUAAAAGGUCAGCCAUUAUUGUUUGUUUCGUCUGGAGUGAAAAAGGCCUGAUCAGGCACGAUGAAAUUGCAGGCUCCCUUGGGUCUGACCUGUAUUUUAGACGAGCUAAAGAAAAACCUCUCAUCACGGGCAGUAAGUGCAUCCACCAACGUAAUUAACAGCCAUUAAAAGACAACAAAAAUGUAAACAGAAAUCACACACUAAGAAGGUUGAAACCCAUGACUCCACUCGUUGCUGAAACCCAUUAGUAAUACUGUAUUCUGUUUGUCAAUUUCUCGUGAACUGUAUAAAUAUUUAAUUAACUGAAAGUUUAUCUAAUGUAUUUUAAUUAUCAUUCAUUCAAAUAUUAACUCCUGGACUUUCUGUGCUAGCGACGCCACCUCUGUUGUCCUUUCAGUAUUCAAACAUGCCCAAUAACUACUGUUGUAUAUAUAUAAACCUCUGUUAGUGAAAAAAUACUUUGACGGGAACUGCGUUUUACAUUUCAAGACCUUUAUGCCGCGCACCUGCUCCGAACUGUUCAUCAGUAUGAAUAACCUGAUGAAUGACAAUUAUGUAAAUUGUUGUUUUUAACUCAGUCCAGUGGAAUAAUUGUAUACUAUACAUGUAUGUUUUAAUAAAAGGUGAAAAAUG